AUGGGGAUGAGGACGAGCAGACCUGGAGUGCAGGAGAGCUUCAGGCUGCACGCUCUACUCAAAUGUGCUGUGGUGAACGUCAAUGAAGGAUUAAAAAGGUGCCAUUCAGACAUGCCGGCCAAUGGCCCAGAUCCUUUAGGAAUGACAGCAGCUUCCCUCAAGGAGCAACCUGACAUCUCCCCUGACUCGAGGCAUCACCAGGAGCAACCGGGCAUGGAAUUCUGGGAUGUUCUUACUCCUCACUGUGUGUGCAGCAGGAGCUGUGGCCCUGGAUGGAGGCAAGCUCCCCAGUGGGGAAAGGCUGCCUGCUGUUACUGCAUGUGCUGCCCAGAGAAGGAGGUGUCCAUUGCCACCGAUAGGAAGCAAUGUGUGAGGUGUGCAGAGGAUCAAUACCCAAAUAGUGACCAAGACCAUUGCCUCUCAAAGGUGGUGACCUUCCUGGCCUGUGGAGAUCCUCUGGGGAUGGUCGUGGCCUGCACAGCCCUUGGUCUGUCUGUGCUCACAGCUGGGGCUCUUGGGGUCUUUGUGAAGCACAGACACCCCAUAGUCAAAGCUAAUAACUGGGCUCUCAGCUAUAUCCUGCUCAUCUCCCUCAUCCUGUGCUGCCUCUGCUCCUUCCUCUUCCUUGGCCAUCCCAACACUGCCACCUGCCUCCUCCAGCAAAUGACCUUUGGGGUCAUCUUCACCGUGGCCAUUUCCACCACUUUGGCUAAAACCAUCACUGUGGUCCUGGCUUUCAAGGUCACAACCCCAGGGAGAGAGAUGAGGCAGUGGUUGCUCUCAAGGGCCCCCAAUGCCCUCAUUGCCAUCUGCUCCCUGAUUCAAGGGACUUUCUGUGCAGUCUGGUUGGGGACCUCUCCCCCUUUCAUGGACAUAGAUGCACAUUCGGAGGCUGCCCCCCUGAUGGUCAUGUGCAACAAGGGCUCUGCCAUGAUGUUGUAUCUUUCCUUAGGAUACUGGGUUUCCUUGGCCCUCUUGAGUUUCACCUUGGCUUUCCCGGCCAGGAGCCUGCCUGACACUUUCAAAGAAGCCAGGUGGCUGACAUCCAGCAUGCUGAUGUUCUGUAGUGUCUGGAUCGCAUUCCUCCCUGUGUACAAUAGCUCCAAGGGGAAGGUCACGGUGGUGGUGGAGGUCUUUUGCAUCUUGGCUUCCAGUGCUGGGUUACUAGGGUACAUCUUUGUUCCCAGUUGCUACCAUAGUCUCCUCAAGUUGGAGAGGAAUACCCUGCCCAAACUAAGGGGUAAAUCCAACUCUGGGAGAAAAUAA